UAAUUUAAAUAUUAUUUACUUUUCAAUAAUUAUUAAAAAAAAAUUCUUAUUAUAGUCGGUUUUAGACCGUUGGGGCUCUCUAAGCAUUAUACCCGACUAUAAAUUUAUAUUCUUUUAAUAAUAAUUAUGGUAGGUAUUUGUUCCUCUAUUAUUGCUCGUAUACAUUUAUACACUUAUUUCAGUUUGUACUGAGGAGAUCAUGCCGAAAGAUAUCCCAUUUUAUGCGUUGUCCAAUAAGGCCAAAAGAAAGAGAAUUGAAGAUGAAGAAUGCAAUUCAACCGAUUCCUCAAAUGACAAUGCCAUCGACAGACAUAUUAUCGAGCCUGAUUUCUCUAACUAUCAACAUUCAGAGGGUUUUCUAUGCAACGAAUCUGAACAUUCUGAACUUUCUGAACAUUCUGAACUUUCUGACCAAUGUGACCUUUCUGAACAAUCUAAUCUUUCUCAUUUUGAAUAUCGGGGUAAUGAUGAAGGUGAUAUUUUACACGAAAAUAUCAACCCUAAUGACCCUCCCCAAGAUCCGCAAUCGCCACCUAAUUCUUCGAGCUCUUCUCAAUCUAGUAAACAAUCAGUUUCCUCGAAAUUGAUGACUCUUAAAUUUCUUCGUGGUUGGGCUUUAAAGCACAAUAUAACUCAUGCAGCAAUUUCUGACUUGUUAGCAGGUCUGAAAGAGAACCACGAGUGUUUUGCCGAUGAUGAAUCAGAACCCAGAUUCCCCACAAGUGCGCGUACGUUACUUCAGACGGAAGUAAAAUUGAUAAAGAAAAUCGUCGAACCAGGAUAUUAUAUACAUAUCGGAUUGAAAAAACAAUUAUUAAAAAUUGCUCCUAAGUAUUUAAAAAAUGUACCUACUUUUAAGUUAUUGGUGAAUAUUGACGGAUUACCUCUAUUUAAAAGUUCAUCUGCUCAAGUAUAUCCCAUUUUAUGCAGUGUAGUAUCCAUACCUGAACUUCGUAAGAAAGUUUUUCCUAUAGGCAUAUAUUAUGGCGAACAGAAACCUGACGAUUUGAAUAAGUAUUUGCAAGAUUUUAUUGAAGAAAUUAAUAAUCUUAUCGAGCAUGGCCUCCAUUUCGAGAAUCACACUGUAUUAUUAGACGGUACUUAUUUUGUUUGUGACGCUCCCGCGAAGAGUUAUAUAAUGGGAACGGUAUCGCACACAGGUUUCAGUUCCUGUACUAGGUGCACUGUUCGCGGUGUCACCUCUGACAAUCGACGAAUCUUCGUUGAUUUGGAAAGUCCUGCUCGCACUUGUGAGGAUUUUGUAGAAUGGAGAGAUGGUGAUUUUCGCCGUCGAGCCACUCCACUGAUCAAUAUUAUUGGUUUAGAUUUUUUGCAUCACUUCAUUCUUGAUUAUUUACAUCUAGAAUGUCUUGGUGUAAUGCGUACUAUGAUAUUAAAUAUGUGGUACAAAGGACCAAUUCCUCAUAGACUUUCUGCUACUCAGAUCGAAAUGCUUUCGAACCAUCUUGUUGAGCUUCAACGCAACAUUCCUGCAGAAUUCGCAAGAAAGUGUAGAGAGGUGUUUAUUAUUUUACGGUGGAAAGCGACAGAAUUCAGAUUAUUCAUGCUAUAUGUAGGUCCAGUUGUACUAAAAAAUAUUCUAAGCGAACAAAAAUAUGUUCACUUUUUAGAAUUUCAUUGUGCGAUGAGAAUUUUAUUAAAUCCGAAUCUAUGCAAAGAACAGGAGCUUCGGCAAUUUGCUAAAGACAUUUUAAAACAUUUUGUUCAAUCGACCGAAAUAUUAUAUGAUAAAAAUUUUAUUACGCAUAAUUUUCACAAUAACAUACAUAUAGCCGACGAUGCUGACUAUUUUAUCGACAAAUUAGUUAAUUUCAGUCUGGAUACCAUAUCUGCAUUUCCUUUCGAAAAUUACAUGCAAAGCAUAAAACGAAAAGUUAGAGCACGCAACAGGCCGCUUGAGCAAAUUGGCCGAAGGCUUGGAGAAAUCAUGUCAUUCGAGUCCGAAAAUCCAACAGUAAAACCACAAGAUCAUAUAUUUCCUAAACUUUUUUAUCCGCAUAAUGCCGGUCCAGUACUACCAGGUUGCAGGCGCCAGUAUCGUGGUGCUGCUCUUCCUCUUUUCAAAAUAACAAAUAAUGCUCCCGAUAAUUGCUGUGGUACUGCUGACGGUGCAAUUAUUCAAGUUGCAAAUGUAGCUUUUUCUGAUCAUUUGCAGGUUCCAGUUGUAAUUGGUAGGGAAUUUGUUAGCAAACGUGACUUUUAUAAUGUACCUAUUGAAAGUUCCCGAAAAUUUCAAAUGACAAUGAAGGAAUCGGAAGAAUCAGGAAAAGGCAGCUCAUCAGUUGCUAGUCAUAAAGAAACAUCGCCAUCUUGCAAAAAGCUUUGCGAUAAAAUAAAAAAAGUAUGGGCUAUUGUUGAAUUCGAUACACUAGAAGAACAAGAUCUCGAGGGAUUUAUCGACCUUGUCCCAUCAGGAUGGAUUACAAGUGGAAAAAGAUUUUCUUGGUACCCCAUGAAUUAUCAUAAAUCCAGCAUUGAAAAAUUAGCAAAGAUGUGUGGAGAAGCAGAUCCGAAAUGGGACUGUUUUCCGAUGACAAUUAUUGAAGACGGCAUUGAUAACUACAAUAAAGGCAUGAAAAUGCUUGUAAAACUUUCAAAAAAUCCAAAUUCGACGCUGCAUUCAGACGCAGAAGAAAGAGGAAAGGGUAGAAGAAAGAAAAAGCCAAACAAACGGUUUGAUAACUUUAUGGACGAUACUGAAGAUGAUGCAGUUAUGAAAAAAAAAGCACAGCCUGUAGUACCACCGAUUCCAAAAUUGGCAUCCUUCCCUGUACCGGCGAAGAAUACCAGUUUGCCUGGUAAAGAAAUAACGCAGCAACUUCCCUUUGUGGAAAAUCGCCGAGAGCCUGUAACUACAAUUUCCCCCGCUAGCAUUGAUAAACAAAACAUCGGUUAUAUUCAUAAUAAAAAGGGAUGUAAGAUGCGCCCAAAGGAUUCGCACAAAUGCGCAUAUACUAGUGACGGCGAAGUCACAUUGCAAUCUCUUGCGGAUGCAGUCUGCUUUCUCGGCAAUCAAUUGCAUUUAUGCAAGGUAAUGCUGAAAGUAACAGAUAAAACUAUUAACAGUUUUAUAGAGUCAGAGCUGCUCAAUAAUAAAAAUGCACCAAAAGAGCAACCUUUUGCAACCGAGCAACCGAAAAAGCAUUCAAAUUUGAUGGAUGCAUUUCCACUCUUAACUAUGGACGAAUUUAAAGCCGUUGAGAAAAAAUUAAAGAACGACGACACUUACCGUUCUCGAUUGAUUGAAUCACUCCGUGCAGAAGUUGUGGGUGAUACCCUUCAAAGAAUGAUUAAUUCGGUCAUGCGAAUCAUAUUCGAUGAUAAAUUAGCAUCUCUUUUUAAUUGGAAGGGCCAAAGAGGGGAAAAACAAAAAUUAAACGGACAUCGUAUCAACAAAGUAAUGAUAGAAAUAGUGGCCGAAAAAUUCCCGAAAAUUAAUGAGAUUAUAUUUGGCAGGAAAGCCGGGACAUGGUUAUCUCAAGCCCCCUCACGGAUACAAAAAAAGAAAUGUAAUAAUAACGGCGGCGAUAAGAAAGAAGAUAUAGAAAGCGACAAUGAUUGUGAUGCAGACAGAUGUAACAAUAGCAGCGACGAUGAAGAAAAAUAUACGAAAAGCGACGAUGAUUGCGAUGCAAGUAAAAGUAGUGAUGCUUCCAAAAGCGGUAAUGAAGAGAUAGAUCCCUGAAAAUAGCGACACUGGGAAUUUCUAACUAAGCUACUUAUUCUAACUUUUACAUAUAAUUACAUAUAAUUAACAUACUUUUAUAAUUACAUGUUUUGUAUUUAUAA